AUGGCCCUUGUUUCAGCUGCAUUCGAUCUAGACGAUUACAACGAAGAACCGGAAAUGCAGAGUACUGAAUCAACUGUGCCUGAAUCUGAAAUGCACGAGGCGACUACUUCUCUGAGAGGAGUGAGUCGCUUUCUGGCGUCGCAGCAGAACCUGUUGGGAAACUACACCUGUGACAAGUUUCCUAGGGUUUGUCGUCUGAAGAAGAGCUCGGGGCCGGACUGCUGCAAGAAGAAGUGUGUCAAUGUCAAGACUGAUAGAUUGAACUGCGGGAUGUGCGGUUACAAGUGCAAGUACACUGAGAUUUGCUGCAGGGGGAAGUGCGUCAAUGCAUCUUUUGAUAAAAGGCAUUGCGGUGGAUGCAACCAGAAGUGCAAGAGAGGGGAGUUCUGUGUUUAUGGGAUGUGCAAUUAUGCAUGA